AUGAAAGAGAUAAACAGUUAUGGAUUUAACAUGGCGGACGAAACGCGUAAAGUGCGAGUAGAAGAAAGAUUGAAAAUUAAGAUUGGUAUCGUAUGUGUAAAAGAACUCUUUGGUGUCAAGAACGGCUGUAUAGAUAGGCCUUCGAUUCAUAUGGUAUAUACGAAAUAUUAUGUUAUAGGUGAAGCUAAGAAUCUACCAGCUCGCAACAAUGGCGCCGCCUCCCACCGAGAUAUAUACUGCGUGCUGUCACUCGACCAAGAAGAGAUAUUCCGAACAUCCACAAUGGAAAGAACACUUGACCCAUUUUUCGGUGAGGAAUUCCAGUUCGAAGUGCCGCGAAGAUUCAGAUACCUUUCCAUAUACGUGUUCGAUCGCGACAAACAUCUCAAGCAGGACAAGGUGCUCGGGAAGGUCGCCAUCAAACGGGAGGAUCUCCAGAGGUACAACAAUAAAGACCACUGGUUCGCCUUGCGGCCAGUGGACGCGGAUUCCGAGGUGCAAGGGAAGGCAUAUAUCGAACUCACACUCGAAGACUCCAGGAAACGACUGCGCAUGGACCCCAAGCCACCGGACUUGGACCCCGCGGACAACGGCUCGACGAAGACGAAAGCCAAUAAUUUAACUAGAUUAUCAGAAUAUUGUAAAGAGAGCAUCAGAUUCGGUUCGGGUUCGAGCACGAACAGGAAGAAUCUGCUGAGUCCGGUGUCGACGGAACCUUCGCUGGCUCUGUCGCGAUCGGAGAGUCUGAAGGAUCGAGCUCAGUGGGCAGUGAGGACGAAACCGCCCAUGCACGCUAUGUCCGAGUCGGACACAUCGCCCACGCCCACCGCCGCCGACUACUGGUCGGACCCCGAGAGGCACUGCGCCGCGAGAGUCGGCCCUGACACUCUACGGCUAAGGGUGCUGGAGUGCUCUGAACUCACGACCAAGAACGGCCAAUGUGACCCCUUCGCUCUCGUCACGCUACUGUACUCGAACGGCCGGAGAGUCGAGAGGCGAACUAAACCCAAGAAGAAAACCGUCAACCCUCAAUUUGAUGAAAUCUUCUGUUUUGAUCUCGUAAUGGAAGCUGAUCCGAAGGACAAGGAUGGCUCACAAACGGCCGGGGUAGCUUGUGAAGCGAGAGUGUCUGUUUGGCAUGAUGGAACAACACCAGUAUUUCUAGGCGAAGUUAGGUUGCAGUUACGGCAGCCGGCGCCAUCACCUCUAUGUGCCUGGUACUUCCUAACGUCUCGUGCGGGCGGAGCCCUAUCCCGCGGCGCGACGCCCCCCGGGACCCGCCUGUCCGCCGCGGGGAGCCCUACUCUGGGUUCGCUGCGGCUGCUGCUCCAGUACACCGUGGAUCACGUGUUCCCAUUACACCACUACACUCAGCUCGAGGAACUGUUCCUCAGGAGCGUGCAUCAGAAGCCCAUAACGACAUCAGCCGUGUACAUCCUGGGUGAGAUCGUGUCCAGUAAGACGGACGCCGCGCAGCCUCUGGUGCGGCUGUUCACUCAUCACGACCUCAUAGUGCCCAUCGUUAAAGAACUCGCUGACGCUGAGAUAUCAGUACUCACAGACGCGACGACUAUAUUCCGCGGGAACACCCUCGUUUCCAAGAUGAUGGAUGAAGCGAUGCGUCUCACGGGCGCGUCCUACCUGCGCGGCGUGCUGCGACCCACGCUGGCCGCUGUGCUCGCUGAGAAGAAACCUUGCGAAAUAGACCCCGCCAGGGUCAAGCCCGCCGCCGCUGUAGCCACCAACCUCGCAAACCUCAAGGAUUACGUAGAACGGGUGUUCUCGGCUAUCACGGAGUCGUACGCGCAAUGCCCCGCGGGCAUGUGUCGUCUGUUCGACGCUCUCAGACAGUGCGCCGCGCGUCACUUCCCGGCCAACGCGGAGGUCCGCUACUCGGUCGUCUCCGGGUUCAUAUUCCUGAGGUUCUUCGCCCCAGCUAUACUUGGACCCAAGCUGUUCGAUCUCACCACUGAACAAAUUGAUCCCCAAACAAACCGCACGCUAACCCUGAUCUCCAAGACGAUCCAGUCCCUCGGGAACCUGGUGAGCAGUCGCUCGGCCCAGCAGGUGUGUAAGGAGGAGUACAUGGCGGAACUGUACCGCAGCUUCUGUACUACAAGACAUGUACAGGCUAUAAAGCAGUUCCUCGAGAUAAUCUCAACGAGCUCUGACACACAGAACAAUAACGUCCAGGAGACGCCAGUUCUACUCAAAGAGGGUUAUGGUACGAUGAUCAAGCGGUCGGAGGGCGUGCGGGCGGGGGCGGGUUCCCCGCGGAGACGGUGGGCGCGCUCCGCACACCCGCACUGUAAACGGAGGCACUUCAGGCUAACCAGCGGUGAACUAUCGUGGUCCCGUUGCGGCGCUCGUUCCGGUGCCCACCGCCUGGCUCUGUCCGGUGUACUGAGCGUGUCGCCCGUGGACUGCCCGCCGGCCGGGGCGCCGCUGGACGCUAAUAACAUCUUCCAGAUAGUGCACCGCGAGCGUGUGUUGUUCGUGCAGGCGAGUAACUGUGUGGAGCGUGCUGAGUGGCUCAGGCUACUAUCGGCGCUGUGUCGACACUCACCCACCACACACCAUCGAGGGUACUACGGAGACAACCGGUGGACGUGUUGUGGUCGUACCGAAGCGGACGCUGAGGGUUGUGGCAGCGGCAGCGCUGCUCUAGCGCUGAGGUUAGACCCGGCGAGAGAUCUACAGCGGCUGCACGCUCUGCUUGUGGCUCACGUGCAGCGGCUGGAAGAGCGACUACAUCGACCACCAGACGACACGAGUCCCGAGGAGCGGGAGGCAGAGGCGGCGACGUUACGGGAGCUGGAGAAGAUAAUGUUUGACCUUGAACACCGACACUGUAUAUAUAGACGAUCAUUGGCCAGGGAGACCAAGUAUGGGAGCAAACAAGCUCCAAUCGGAGAUGACAAUUAUCUUCACCUCGCCGGAGCGGCUGGGAGCGUGGACAGUGGAUCAUUUUUCUUCCGAACGUGGAGAGGCGACUCGUCCCCUACCAUCGACCUCGAUGGAAAGACGCUCCCGCUACAAUCAUCACACGACAUCUGCUCCAGUACUGAGUCCUUAAAACUGGCUCGGCACGGCGACGAACGAUCUUCGGGCAAGUCGAAUAAAUCUACCGGCAGCGGGUACCUCACUAUGUCGUGUAUCAAACACGAGCCUUCUGAAGAUAGCGACGCCUCCAACGACAGGCCCACACGACCGCCCAAGCCCGCGCGACUGUCCCCCUUCCGCGCGCCCCUCGCCUGUCCCCCCGCCCCUCUCUCUGAGUACGUCGACGUCGAGCUGAAGCCCCCCGCGCGGAGGCCGAAGCCCGAGCCCACGCCGCCCAGGAGACCCGACCACGAUGUAUCGAACCGCUGCAAGGAAUACGAACUGAUGGCCAACUUCAUGAGCCACUCCCACACGUCGGACGACGACGCGCCGCCGGCCGUCCCGCCGCGUGGACAGACGAUAUCUCGAGUGCGUUUGCAGCCCAAACCCACUGACAUAGAUGUCACGAAGUCGGACGAACACGUCACCUUCCGGCAGAAACCGGCGAGCGGCUCCACGGCCAGCCUGCCGCGAGCCUCGCCCGCGGAGGAAAGGAAUCUCUCGGACGGAGAGGACGGGCGGCCACCCAGCAAGAUAGACACGCUCUCCAACGACGACAGCCUGCUCGACGAGCUGCAGCGGGACACUUACUGUGUAUUGAAGGUGUGCGAGGACGAGCCGCCCGCCGACGAUGACUACCAGAACGAUAGGACCGAGGAGGCGCCAGCGGGCAAGGACAAGGAGGACUACGGCAUGUUCUCGAGGAUCAGUCUGCAGAGGAAAUCGAACCCUAUCAAAACACAGCCGAGCUCCAUGAAGCCGCUGAAGACUUCCAACUCCACGUCGAACGUCCAGGACGCGGGCACACAUUCCUCCAGGCCGCUCACCGAACGAUUGACGCCGUUUUUUCUGAAGAAGAAGCCGAAACCGUCGGAGGAGGCGAGUAAGCCGCGGAAGGAGGACAAUCUGAUCGGUCGCUUGACGCCGCGGUUCGGCCAGUCGCGGCUGUACGGGCGCGGACAGUCGCUGGAGCUGGCGCCGGACCCUCGGCCGCGCCGCAUCGAGCGGUCCGCCACCACCGUCACCAUCCCCACCAGGCCCAUCAAUUCCUCCAUAGUGGCCAACCUCAAGUUUCUGACGCUGCAUCGUUACGGAGCGACGGACGAGGUGCAGUGCCACGCGUUCGUCCGCAGCGGAGAGGAACCCGCCGCCGGCGUGGGCGGUGUGGGCGGCGUGAGUGACGUGAGCGCGCCCACGGAAUCUGAAGACGAUUCGUGGCGCCGCGUCGGCGGACCGCUCCUGACCGCCACCAGCGACAUCCGCCUCUAG